GUUCUGACUGACUUGACGUUGGAGACCCAUCUUUUCUUUGAUGCAGAGGAAACAGGAGCUGCAGGACCAUGUGGAAUAUUUUCCUGAAAACACCCUGACUCUGCAGACACAAGGAUGUCCUGGCCCGCGCUGUACGCUCAGUUAGUCGGGGCAAACCGUCACUCCACCAGCCUGGGGAAGAUCUGGCUCUCUGUGCUGUUUAUUUUCCGGGUCAUGGUGCUGGUUGUUGCUGCUGAGAGCGUCUGGGGGGACGAGCAGUCUGACUUCACCUGUAACACUCUCCAGCCUGGCUGUGAAAACGUCUGCUAUGAUCAGUUCUUCCCUGUCUCACACAUCCGUCUCUGGUGUCUUCAGCUCGUCUUUGUCUCCACGCCAACACUCCUAGUCGCAAUGUAUGUGGCCUAUCGGAACCACAGAGAUAAGAAGACACUCCUACAGGGUUCUGGCAGAGCUGCUUUCCUCAGCAACAAAGGCCAGGAGGAAGAUUUGGAGACUCUAAAGAAACGGAGACUCCCUAUAGCUGGCGCCCUCUGGUGGACAUAUGCCUGCAGCCUGUUGUUCAGGCUGCUAUUUGAAGGAGGAUUCAUGUACGCUCUGUACGUGGUGUACGAUGGUUUCCAGAUGCCACGGCUGGUGCAGUGUGAUCAGUGGCCGUGUCCUAACCUGGUGGACUGCUUCAUCUCACGCCCCACCGAGAAAACCAUCUUCACCAUUUUCAUGGCCACUUCCUCCUCUAUCUGCAUGGUCCUUAACAUGGCUGAGCUUGCAUAUCUUGUUGCCAAGGCUGUCACUAGGAGUCUCAGUGGUCAGAAGGAGAGGAAAACAUGCAGAAAGCAGAAUAAGACAAACCAGAAGUUACUUGUCUCAACCUGAGGAAGCAGCAGCAAGGUGGGCGAUACAUGCAGAAGAAAGAUUUUCCGAAGACUUAAAAAUCUUUAAAGCUUAGGUGCUACACAUGUGAAUGACAAACCGUGUGUAAAUAGGACUCAUUGAACAUUUUCUAUGAUACCUUAAAUGUAACC